AAAGAAGGGUUUCUUUAUUUGCCCCUCCUGUUUAUUUGUUAUUCAUAUUCAAGAGUAGCAACACAGCCACUGUCGCCUUUGGGAAGUUUGACGGGAGGCCGCUAGGGGGCGUACGUGCUUCCUGUGCUGCCAGUCAAUACGAAACCUACAGUGAGGAGAUGAAACUGCAUCUUUGACGCACACAUAAACAAGACGGGGCGACGGGCAACUGUGGGCCAUAUUUGUGGACUAAACAGUACUGGAGCGCUGUUGAGACUUAUCCCUCCCCGCCUGAAGGGCCAGCGGAAUGGCGCUGAGCUCGGGCGGGUGGGCUCGCACCCCCUCGCCGGCUCCAUCUCCUCCUCUCCCCGGCUACGGGGCCUCCCAGAGCGGCUGUAACACGGUGCUAAUGUCGGUGCGGGUUUCGGUGUGCCACUCGGGAAUACGGCCGUUGUGUCUCCCAGGGGCAGAAGACGAGUCCUUGCGUUUGCAGCUCAGCAUGGACCCUGGGAGGGCCGGGGAGUUCCGCCUCGCUCUACGGGACGUCAGUUGUACAGGCACCGGCCAAAGUGUGUCCAUCGCGGAGUUCGACCUGCGGUCCGUGCAGUACGAGGUGAAGUCGCCGCGUUGCCACGAGCUGCGUCUGGCCACGCCCCCUCACGAUCGCAUCAACUUCAACUUCCGCUGCGAGAAGGAGGCGCAGGAGUGGGCCACCGUGGUGAUGUCAUCGCUGAGGGAGGCGCACAGGGUGGCAGACAGCCCUCCCAUCGCUGAGCGACAGCUCAACCUGGAGCCCCUGGAACCCCAGAGCUCGGCCGCCCUGCCCAAAGCAGAGGAGCUGUGUGCCGAUCUGACUCGAGCCAUAGAGGCAGGUGACACGCAGAGCGCCUCUCAGUAUGCAGUGAACCUGGCUCGCCAGCAGGCGGCGCUCAAGAUCCAGCUCUCUGAGAAGAACUACGCGGACGCCGAGAUCAGCCUGGCGGUGGUGGUGGAGGACGCUUCCUCUUCCUGUUGUGUCACGGUGAAAGUCUUCCCCCACAUGACCGUUGCGUCACUCAAGCAGCAGGUGUUUCAGGAGUACGGGUUCCACCCGCGGGUGCAGCGCUGGGUGAUCGGGCAGUGCCUGUGCGUGGAGCCGCGCUCGCUGGCGUCCUACGGGCUGCGGCGGGACGGGGACACGGCCUUCCUGUACCUCCUCUCGGCCCGCCAGGCCCAGCUCACCCGCCAGAUGUGCCUGCAGGACCAGGAGAGCGCCCUGCUCGCCCCCCCGCCGCCGCCCAGCAACGGGCCCGCGUCCCAGGACCGGAGGGGCUACAGCACCCUGCCCCCCCGCCUGUCCCACAGCAGCAUGGGUGGCAGCGGGGGCGGAGCUGAGAAGUUGGGGAUCGGUGAAAUCCGAGACCUCAUCAACCUGGAGAUGCCCCAGCUCAAGGAAGCCCUGGACCCCAGCAAAGCCAGCACACAGCUGGGAUGGGCGUGCCCGUCCUGCACCUUCAUCAACAAGCCCACGCGGCCGGGCUGCGAGAUCUGCAGCAUGGACCGGCCCGAGGGGUACACCGUGCCCGGGGGGCACCAGCCCGACCCCGCCGAGCUCCGCCGCAUCACUCAGGAGAAAGAGGCCGUGCGACAGUACCAACAGGCCAGGGAGGCGGAGCGGAGGGAGAACUUCGCCCGGCUGGUGAUGCUGGACGGACAGGACCUGGUGCCCAACCCCGAGAGCGUGGACUGCCGCAUCUGCUACCUGGACCUGCAGCCUGGGGAGGGGGUCCUGCUGAGGGAGUGCCUGCACUGCUUCUGCAGAGACUGCCUGCGGUCGGUGAUCCUGAUGUGCGAGGAGCCGGAGGUGGCGUGCCCGUACCGCGACGACUCCUACGCCUGCGACUGCACGCUGCAGGAGAGGGAGAUCCGCGCGCUGGUGUCGGGGGAGGAGUACGAACGCUGGCUGCGGAGGGGUCUGUCUGUGGCCGAAUCUCGCUGUGAGAGCAGCUACCACUGCGCCAGCCUGGACUGCCCCGGCUGGUGUGAGUACGAGGACACGGUCAACACCUUCCACUGCCCCGUGUGCGGCAAGCACAACUGCCUGCUCUGCAAGGCGAUCCAUGAGGGGAUGAACUGUAAGCAGUAUCAGGACGAUCUCACAGCUCGCGCCGUCAACGAUUCUGCAGCCCGCAGGACCCGAGACCUGCUGAAGACUUUGGUCCAGUCCGGCGAGGCGAUGCACUGCCCCCAGUGUGGUAUCAUCGUCCAGAAGAAGGAGGGCUGUGAUUGGCUGCGCUGCACUGUCUGUCACACGGAGAUCUGCUGGGUCACCAGAGGACCGCGCUGGGGUCCUGGGGGCCCUGGUGACACCAGUGGAGGCUGCCGCUGCAAUGUGAACAAGCAGAGGUGCCACCCCAAGUGCCAGAACUGCCACUGAGAGAGAGAGAGAGAGAGAGAGAGAGAGAGAGAGAGAGAGAGAGAGAGAGAGAGCGAGACAGUAAAAAAGAGAGAUAUGUCCAUUAGCAGUCACUGGAUAUGUUUGUCAGUCACAAUUUUAUGCAAUGGUUACUUUAACCCACACAUUCACACAUGCAGUACACCCACUUAUGAAACCUCUUAAACUACCCAAAAAAAAGAUAGUUGAAGGAAGCCAUAUUAAUACAGAUGAGGGAGAAGUUGCGUCCGGUAAGUGUCCUUGCUAAUGCUUCCAGAGCUCAGGGCUGUUCGUCCAUAGCUGCUAUGAUAACUUUUUUUUGUUUUUAAUGCUAAAUAAAGGUUUCUUUGUUUUGCCCCCCCUCCCCCCCCUCGACUAUUGGGUGAUAUUUUGCUAAGGGAACCUUUCUGUUACUGAGUGCCUAUAGGGAUGCCAGCCAAUGGAGAGCUUGUAUCCUAGCAGCCAAUCAGAAGACUUGUUCGGGGGGGGGGUUGAGAUUGUGCCAUUGUGCCUGAACUGUUUGAACUGUUUGUUUGAAUAAAACUGUGUUUUCAAAUUAA